UUGACUUCCUAUUCCGCGAUCCGUACCGUACGUACGUACAUGGCAUGCUAAAAUUUUGAGAGCUAGCUAUAUAGCUCUAGUACAGUACAGUGACGAUGCCCACAGUUGGAUUGGAGGAAAACCCUAACACUGUCUCUGAAUCUUUUGGUGAAAGGGCUAGGGAGGACUUAACUGAAACAUCUGAUCUCCCUGAUGUCCAACUAAGUGAUGCUCCAAGUUUUCCCAGUUGUAAAAGUGACAAGAACUCAGUCUCAAAAUCCCAUUCUUCUGGAGACGAUGGCCUACUGGAUCCACACCGAUUCAAGAGUGCAUUUGUGCAGGCUGUGGAAGAGCUUCGGAUGAGAAGGACCAUAGAUGUGGAGAAUGACUGUCGUAUCAAGAAACUAGAAGAUAAUAAUCAUGACCUAAAGAAAAAAUUGGAGGACGAAAAAACUAGUAUUGGAACAUUAAUUGAGGGGCACUCUCAAAUUGAGCAGAAUCUAAGAUCAGAUUAUGGAGAGAAAGUUAAACAAACCGAAAAUGAAAAGGUUAAGACACGUAUCUUGGGAGAAAAUUGGGACUAUGAGCUCAAAUCUCUCAAGGAUAAGAUAAGAGCGCUACAUCUUGUAAAAUACAGUCUUGAAAAGAAGGUGACUGAACAAAAGAGGCAGCUCCAGCUUCAGUCCUCAUCCAGGGAUGGCUAUCUUUCACAGAUGAAUGAUCUGGAUGAAAAAUUUGGCGCAGUGCUCAAACAGGCUGACUUUAUCUCUGAGCAGAUGGAAAAACUGGAAGCAAAUGUGAAGGCUUCAAAAGAUCUCCACCUAAAGCUGCAGUAUGUCAAUGAGCACCGUACUUGUGAAUUGGAGGCGUACAAAACUAGGCUUGAAGAUUGCCGAGCGGAGCUUAUGGAAGAGACUUGCAUGAAGGUUGUUGAGGUACAUGCGCCAGAGUGCACGGAGGUAGUCACUACUCGGACAAAAGCAAUUGACCAGGAGCUAAAAAUGCAAACUGAAUUAAACAAGCAGCUACAAGAUCAAUUGUCAAGCCUAAGAAAGGAACACCAAGAUAUUUUACGACAGCUUAAAGAUGCUCAUUCACUAAUUGAGAAACAUGCACAGUCACUUACUACUGCCACAAAGAGUGAGGAAGAGUUGCGUAAAGAAACUACAUCACUCCAUGAGACGAUUGAUCACCUGACACAAGAAGUGGAUCAAUCUCACAAAGCUGAGCAGUCAAUUAAAGAGGAAUUAUCAAAGGAAAACGAGUACUGGUCGGCAAAAUAUUCAGAUAUCGAUGCUCGUCUGAAAUCGCUUCAAGAAGACUAUACAACUCAACAAGAAAACCAUUAUAAGGAAUUGGAAACAAAAGCAAACCAGCUGACAACAGUUGGAAAGUCUGUAGUCGAGCUCAAAGACGAAGUUGCUCAACUCCAAGAUCAACUAAUUACUGCCCGGGGAGAAGUGAGCUCUCUGAAGGAGCAAGUUCAUAGGAUUACAAUUGAUGCUCAGCGCACCCUCAGCCAACAUUCAGUGCAGAUCAGUAGUACUACUAGUGAGAGCUCCUACUCACCUAAAGUAACAAAUCGUCAUACUCCACUUACCUCAGUUCCCAAUUUGGGAAGCUCACCUGAAGUUACAAAUCGUCGUACUCCACUAACCUUGGUUGGAAGCUCACCUGACCUUCUUGGGUCACCAACCACACCCCUAAAUACAUCUAAUAAGGUGAUCAAAGGAGAAUGUGCUCAAUUAACUAGAAUAGAAGAGAUUCCUGUGUCUAUAAACACACAAGAAAGCGGUCAAAACAGUGAACUAAACAACAGUCUCACUCAAAUUAAGUCUUCACAGGGUGCAAAGAGGCCGAAGAUUGAUGAGGAAACUGAAUACCCUGCUAAGAAAAUUUGUGCUGACCCCGUAAAGCCAGAAGAUGAACAAAUCGUUGCAUACAUUAAUAAUCGGCAAGUGACACAAUUAGAAUUAUCAUCAGGGAAUAUGUGUAAUGAAGAAGCCUCAAAAAAUAUACAACCGUCCAUCACUUCACACCAAAUGAGUGUACCUGCUGAUUUACAAAAUACACUCCCUUGCUAUGAUCAACCUCGAGAAAUGUGUACCAAUGUCAUGAAAACUGAUUCUCCUCAAGCUGUAGAAACGACACAAGAACCCCCCUCAACCAACGAGAAACUAUCGCCCACCUCGAAUCAAAUGAUUGAAUCCCAAACUAUGUCCACAACUUGUGGCCAAUUGCAUUCCGAUGUGGCGCAAAAAGAACCUGGCCCUCUGCCCACUGUUGUACCUAUUUUGUUCUCAGAUGACGAUGAUGGUGCUGGUGAAGACAGCCUUUGGAACACACAACUUAACAUGCAAAUUGACAAGGUGCAGACGGUUCUGAAAUUGGACAAACUGAGGCGACCAAAGAAAAACAGUUAAACUCAUUCAUAACUAUCAUUAAUAUUAUGUAUGGUUUGCAUACUAACUAUCUAUCAUUAAUAAUCGUUAUUAUUAUGGGUUUGCAUACAAGCUAUAUACGUACACUGUAUAAUUAUUUUACUAUAAUUGAUACCAGUGCGAAAAGUGCUUCAAACUAUAAUUAUAUGCUAUGAUUUUAUCGUACA